AUGACAACUCCAAACCCAACUCAAGGAAUUAAUUUACUUAAUGCAAAUGUGGCAAGUAAAGAAAAUAAAUCUGAAUGGCUUUUAUACCCCCAAGAUAGUUACGAAUUUAAUAUAGAUGAAAAAUUAAAAAAGAAAUUUAUAAUAGAUACUGAAAAAUAUAAAAAACGGAUAAACUCUUAUAAUAAGAAUGGGAUUAGAAAUACAGUCAUAGCAAUUUUAUUAUGCCAUCGACAUGAAUAUCCUCAUUUAUUAUUAUUACAAAAUUUAGCAACUCAAGAAUAUUUUUUUUUAGGAGGUAAAUAUAAUUCAUGGGAAAAACCAAGAGAUGUUUUAAAAAAAAAAUUACAAAAAUAUAUUAAUAAAAUUAAAGAUAUACAUUUUUCUGUUAAUAAAUUAAAUAUAAAUGAACAAACUGGAGAUGCAAAAAAUACUGAUGAAAUAUUUGAUGUAGGUGAAUUCUUAGGAGAAUGGUGGAGAACACAAUAUGAUUCUGUUUAUUUAUCUUAUUUACCUGCACAUAUAACAAGGCCUAAAGAAUGUGCAAGACUAUAUCAAGUUACAAUCAUGCCAAAAUGUAUAUUUCAUCUACCUCCAGGUUUUACUUUAAAGGCAAUACCUUUAUUUGAUUUAAAUAAUUGUGGAAUUGCAAUCAGUGGACUUUCCAGUAUAUUCUCUCGUUUUAAAUUAUGCUCCAUGGUUCAAGAUCAGGAUGAUCAACUAGGUUAA